GUACCGAGUCAGACCCAGCACCAGACAUGCGCCAAAUCAUCUAAGCCCGGCUGCGCGCGUUUACAACCCACCAAGGAGCACGGACGCACGGCAGCAGCUUGGACUCAUCCCUCACCGGUUCUCCUUGAAAGAUCUCGAGAUUUGCCCUUUUUUUUUUUCCUUUUUUUUUCUUGAAAUACAAGAAAUCUAGUCAAUCUGUUGCCUUGGAUGCAGCUACGACGACGACGAUGCGGCGGCGUUGCAACUAAAAAAUCUCCCACCUCCUCCGUUUUUACCGGUUCUUUUUGAGGAGGUAAAAAAGAGACAUUUAUACAACAUUAACAAUGAAGCUAAAACCGAACCAGACCAGGACCUACGACGGAGAGGGGUUCAAGAAGCGAGCGGCGUGUCUGUGCUUCAAAAACGAACUCGAGGAAGAGGUUUUACUGGUGAGCAGUAGUCGACACCCGGAUCAAUGGAUUGUCCCCGGGGGAGGGAUGGAGCCCGAGGAGGAGCCGUGUGGAGCCGCUGUCAGAGAGGUGUUUGAGGAGGCUGGUGUAAGGGGAAAACUGGGACGUCUGCUUGGUGUAUUUGAGCAAAACCAGGAUCGUAAACACAGAACAUAUGUGUAUGUGUUGACUGUCACAGAGACACUGGAGGCCUGGGAGGACAGUGUCAACAUAGGCCGUAAGCGGGAGUGGUUCACAGUGGAUGAGGCCAUCAAAGUUCUGCAGAGCCACAAACCGGUGCAUGCAGAGUACCUGCGCAGACUUCAGCUCAACUGCUCCUCCACAAAUGGAAACUCCAUCCUGCCCAGCCCCCAGGCCAACGACAACUACCCCCACUUCAGUGCUACCACCACAGCCUCUACGGGGGGCGUCCUGGCCUCCUCACGUAGAUAGGACCGCGCCAUGGCCUAAAGUGAUAGGGGAUAUUAACUGCCAGGGGCCUGUGCACAAACCUCCACCUUCACAGCCACCUGCAUGGAGACUCUAAUGAGAUAUUUGUUCAUUUGUAGAUUAUUUUUGGGACAGACCAAAGUCAUUAACCUCACUGGUGUACAGGAAUGAGGGGAGGACAGGUGGUUUUUCUGUAUCUUCUUCACAUUUUGGACAACACCUUACUGUCAAGUGGAGUUUUGGGAGGAAUAACCUGCUGGUUUCAAGACAAACUUGAAAGAAUGCCUUACAGAAAUCUUGUGUGAAUGGUGUAUUUGAUUAAAAUAUUUUAUUUUUGUUUAAGGGGAGAUGACAUGGUUUCCCAUCAAGAGGGUACUGACCCAAGAAUGUGUUCAUAUUUUGUGUCUUAUUCAUAAAUUCAACAAGCCUAUUGGGCAAGACACUACAGUAUUAUUAUUUCUAUCCACCACAAGUAUCCUUAUAAUUUUUCACUUCUGGUAUCAUGAAGUGUUAAGAUUUAAUAAGUUAAGCAGGACAAAACUAGAACUAAAUCUAGUAGUAUACAAUUACUAAUUCGGAACAAAAAUUGUUUAACUAACUCUAAAUUUGACUUAGCCACUCCCACACAAAGACUAAACCAGGACUAGAUCAGACCUAGCUACAUUCAUAACUUGAAACAUGGAACAAAACACACCCAUGCCAUCAUUUGAUUUUCACUAUGCUUAUUUUUUAAUUUCCAGGAGCCACAUUUUGUAUUAUGCAGCAUGCGUUUAAAAUAUUGUGUUUAAAUAUGUGUUUCUUAUCCAAUUGAAUUUUGUGUUUUAUAUGGGAAAAGGUACUGUGUGGUAUAUGGGCUACCUCAGAAACUUAAACUGGAAAAGUUAUGCUGCUGUUCUGGUCUCGGCUGACACAGCUAGGUAAUGGUUAAAAUUCAGCUAGAGCUUAGACAUUUACACUGAGCUAACCUUGACAUACCGACCAUCUUGUUGUCCAUUUACAAGCGCAUACCUUUCAUCACAGUGUCCCAUAUUGUCAAUGGUGAUGUAUUUAACAGUGCAAAGAACAGCACGCCAUAUUUAUAAUGUGCUUUCUUUAACUUAGGAAUAAGCCCACCAUAAGCAAUUUCAGUUCUUUGUUUAAAUGGGUUGCAUUAACAAUCUGGAAUCCCAUGUCAAAAUGUCUAAUGGAGGGUAUGACCUGUUAAAUAUGAAAGUUAAACAAAUUCUAAAAUGGAAAAAAAAAAACACAAAUAUUGAACUGAUAUGUGGAGCUGUAGCAUCCAAAACACUACAUUAAAAUGGGCUGACAAAGAAGACCUCAGUUUUAAUCUAUAAGACUCAUAGAAUGUUGAAGGCCACCUAUAAAUAUAAGUUACUAUGAAAAAAGUAAACAUUUUGAUGAAAUGUAAUGUUUUUCCCAUAUUUUCUCUUUAACUCUAUGCUGCUGAAUAAGCUUUCACCCUAAAAAUGUCACUAAAGGGUUUACAUUUGAGUUUGAGUUACAGCUGAAAUCAUGUAUUUGCUCCUCUGUUCACAGCUGAAUGGUGAGAAGUAAAGAAUAAAAUUGUAUAUAGUUUUAGAAGACAGUGAAAUGUGUUUUUAACCUUGAAUGAACAUGUACAAAUGUAUGAAAAUAUUUUAUAAUUUUUUAAACAAUGUAAAAUUACACAAACUAUCGCAAGUUAUGUACAGGAUUUUUGUUUGAAAUUAUGUGCCACAAGUUUAAGAUCUGAAGGCUGGUUUGCUAAGUAUGAGUGACUAGAUGAUGUGUUCAUAUGUCUGGUUUAAUAUGUUGGAUUGGAUAAUAGUUGGUUGGCUUAAUGAAGAAAAACAUGGUGUACAUAUAAACAAUAUGUUGUAGUUAUAGUAAAAUUGACCAUACACCAAAAUAUACAUAUUUUUGACAUAUAGGGAUAAAAUAAACAAUAAUUUAAAAUGGUCACACAUUUUGUAUUACUAAAAUAACACCAGGCCUUUGUGUAUCUGAUAAUAAAUGUGCCAAAAGUGAGACAAGUUUAACUAAUUCACAUGUUUAGACUUGUUUUACAUAUCUCUUAGUUAAUAACCAUUGGUGAAUUAUUGUUGGAAUAUAUAGAAAUUAGGCUCUUUUAUAUCUAAAUAGGUAUCUGCAGAAAAAUAACUUGUCUAACUUUUAUAGCUGUGAAAUAUGCUGUAAUGAGAAAAUGCAAAGCAAAACACCAGAAAAUAACUUAAAAAUGUAUGUGCCCAGAGGAUUCUUGGACAGUUUUGAAUGUUUUCUGAAUGUGGUGUAACAUCUUGAGCCAAUUUUAUCACAAAUUUGGUGGAAAAAAGAAACCGCUUGAUUAUUUUGAAAGUGGUUUGAAUACCUGAACUGGAACAAUUGUUUUUAUGAAAAAAAGAUUCAUUAAAAAUACUUCUAAUA